AUGGGCAGCGCCAGCAGCAAAGCAGACGACGUCGAUCCCAAACAUUUGGGCGCCGACCCGAACGAUCCGAACGCCUUUGCGCUGCACCAGCACCCGUAUUACAGCCAAUCAGGACACGACAAGACGCACCAGCAGCCGACUCGGGAAGACGGCAGCUGCGUGGAGACUGCCCGAGACAGCACGCGGCCCCAGUCGCUGUCGUCGUCGGCUUUGCAGCAGCAACAACAGCAGCAGCAGUGCGAUGCCGACGAGCACAGUACGACCGAAGCUAUGGACGUGGACCUCCCGCCCGCGUCGCUGGACGGUGCGCCGUACUUGAACGGAGAAAGGACCGGUACAGCUCCGUUGGACGGGCAAGCCGAGCGAAACAGGGGGCACGGGACCGACGCGACGGACGUUGCAAUGGCGCCUCGCGAAGAUGUGGUGCCUAUGGUGUUCAAGUGGGAGCACGGCGGCCGCAAUGUGUUUAUCACCGGCACGUUCAAUGGAUGGGACAAGCAGUGCCCCAUGCACCGCUCGGGCAAUGACUUUACGUACAUUGCUAACCUGACACGGGGGAAGCACAUGUACAAGUUUGUCGUGGACGACGACUGGCGGUUUGCACCUGACCAGCUCACGAUGGCCGAUGUUGAAGGCAAUGUGAACAAUUAUGUCGACGUGUCGGAGUUUGCUCCGCUGUCGGACUUUGACGGGAAGAACAAGGCACUGGAUGACGACGACGACGACGCGGAGAACCCGUACUCGCGGUACAUUCCUGAGAUUGACGAAUACACCAAAGAGCCCCCUCCACUUCCGCCGCACUUGCGGCACAUCAUACUGAACAAGGCGCCGCCAACAGUCGAUGGACGAUUGCUGCCUGUGCCGCAGCACGUGGCGCUCAAUCAUCUCUACUGCACGGCAAUCAAGGACGGCAUGAUGGUGCUCGGCAUCACCAAUCGCUACAAGCAAAAGUUCGUGACUACCGUUUAUUAUAGCCUCAUGCCUGGCGCCAACUAG